UAAAAUUUGGAAAAUUAGUAAACAAAUAUACCGUAAAUUCAUGCGGCUAGAAUCAAUUGUUGGAAGUUUUGAUAUAAAUUAUUAUAUAAAAAUUUAUAUCAAAGUAUAAUUAACACUAAAGUGUAAUAAUAAAUGGUAACAUUAAAUAAUGAACUUUAGGUUUGAGUAUCCACCUACGUAUCUGCAAAGUAGAAAUAAUCUUGAAAUUUUGAUUUUCAAUUUGUUAAGAAAUUUGUUUGAAGAUUAGUAGAUGAAUAAGAGCGGAGAUACUAGAAAGUUAUCUAUUCAAUUCAACUUGAAAUGUCUGAAUCAGAGGAAAAAUCUGGAAAGCAAGUUUCAAAUGAAAAUAUUGGGAGUCUAGAUAAACUGCAUGAAGAUUUGAAACCCAAAAUACAGUUUUCAUGUUAUUUAUGUGGAAUGUUUGAAGAAUGCCAUUAUAAAGGGAAGGAACCACCCUUUGUGAGUGGUAGUGUUAAAUUUCGAGAAGAAAGCUAUGUCAUAAGGGAUCCAUUUAUUGCUCCUCCACCCUUGGGGAAAUCUAAAGCCGAAUAUUUUAUAAUUAUUGGUACACAAUGUGUGAUUUGUAAAAAUUUAGUAUGUAAGGGUUUAUCUUGCAGUUUUUAUUAUAAUGUUACUUACUGCUUAAGCUGUUUAGAAGAAGUUAUGACGAAAUUGCCAAAGGAAGUGCAAGUUAGAGCUAAAAAGCAAAUUGCAAAUUCAAAAUAAUAAACAUUUAGAAGUUAAAAAAAUUUAAUGAAAUUUUAUUUAUCCUUAGGUGCUAUCUUCUUAGCUAAGUCCA